AUGAGAACAUUUAUCCUGUUCUUGCACUGUUUAAAAGGGGCAUCCUAUACUGGAGAAAAUGACCAUUACGCUACUGCACAAGCUGCCCAGCCACAAAAAACCAUUGUAGUCUGUGGCAUUCCAGAUGGCCUUCUAGAGGAUGACAUCAUGGCUGAUAUACUAAUGAUCCAUUUUCAAAAGGGAAAGAAUAAAGGCGGAGAUGUGGAAGGCAUCGUCUACCCUACGCCAACCAAAGGAGUUGCAUACAUAACGUUUGAAGACAGGCAAGUUGCAGAGAAUGUCCUUGCAAAAGCAGAGCACAGCCUACAGGACAAGAGGCUGCCUGGGGACUGCCCCCUGAAAGUAUUUUUGUAUGGGGAAAGUGUUUUUACCUGUGUUUCUUGUCUCCUUGAUUUGUCUAUUUUGAGAGAAAGAUACACCUUAGGAAAUCUUGUGGAAGACCUUAAGAAGAAUUUCCCAGUUUUGAGCUUUGGAACUUUGCAUUCUGAUGGACAAAUAAAUGUGCAGGGACCGUUUUCAGCAAUAAGGUCCCUCCAAAACAAGCUUGUGUUAAAAGUACACAAUUCUCUUUCAAAAUCAGAUGUUAAGCCUGGGAGAAGAGAGCGCGCGACAGAUCCCAGGCCUAACACCAGACCACCGAAAAGUGAUUCAUCCUUCAAAGUAAGCAAUAAUUUUGUUCAAAGCCCCCCAAAAGAGAGAUUAAUUGUUGCUUUGGACACUGAUAUAUAUCUCUACAUGAAAAAAUUCAAAGAAAAGAUGUAUCAAGAGAGUCUAAAAAAAUACGGUGUUAUCAGUCAUGAGUUCCAAGAUGGCGAGGUUACCACAAUAUUUCUUGACAAUGACCCUUCUAGCCCAAGUCUUGGCCAGUUAGAACUAGCCAAAUGUGUAAUUGAAAACUUGGCAGCAUAUUUGCAGAGUCGUUUGCGCAAAGAAAGAUUGUCCCUGGAAGGAUCCAGCAGAGCUGAGAAACAAAAACACAAACAGGCAUGUGAGACUGUAAUCUCACAGUACCCUCAUGUUCUGCUUCUUGCAUGCUCAACUCACACAGAUAUUAUAGGAACCUCUUCUGACGUUUAUGAGUUUACACAGCAAGUGAAUAAAAUGGUAGGGCGUUUCCCAAAAGAACCUUUGGGUUAG